AUGGCAUUACUUCAAAGAUGGGAGGAUUUCAUUGUACAAGAGCUGGCGAAUGGCGAACUCGCUACGCUCACAACUCUGGAUCCGAUUGCUCCGCCAGCUCCGUCUGAAGAGGAUAUCGAUGAGUCAAACAACGAGAAUAAUCCUAUCCUUGAAACGUAUAAGGUGGAAUUAGGAGAGCUACUUGCUGGGAAGAGAGAUUGUGUAAAAAUAUUGGUAGAAAAAUUCUUCGUGCAACUUAUAGCUCCGAAUUUCAGGCACCGGAAUCCAAGGUUGCCAGGACUGCCAUUCACAAAGCAUUACGUUCUCUCUCUUCGAAACUCUCCAGUACUACGGUCAAGGAAGAAGUCGAUUCCCCUAGCUAUAUCCUGGUAUCAGGAACUCGCCAGCCCUCAGAUGUUCGUCUCCCUAAACGAGCGAAUCACAUAUUAUCGAAAGGACAUCGGUAUUGUCGUUUUGUGUUAUAUAAAGAAGGCAAGGACACUAUUAGCGCCAUUCGGCUACUAA